UAUUGUUCUCGGUCGUUGGUGUAAGUGAAAAUGCCGCGUCCGUCGCGCGAAUCCUAUGGCGACCAGAAGCCUCCUUAUUCAUAUAUUUCGCUGACAGCCAUGGCGAUUUGGAGUUCACCGGAGCUGCCCCGUCGGCCGGAUCGGCCUGGAAAAGGCGCCUACUGGACUCUACACCCGCAAGCUUUCGACAUGUUUGAAAACGGUUCACUGCUGCGUCGCCGCAAGAGAUUCAAAUUACAAAAAGGAGAAAAGGAUAACUUGAAUGCGGAACUGGCGGCUCUUGCGAGUUUCAACAGAGCCUUCUUGGCGCGGCAGGCCGGGGCACCGCCGCCGCCACCUACUGCGAGUUUGUAUUCGCCGCCAAUGUGCACCCAGUUGAGUCCGGAACCCGCUGAAUUACCAGAAGUCACAUCAGUUACAAUGUUGCCCCGAGAGAGACCAAGGCGAGCUUUUACGAUUGAAGCUCUACUUGAGCCGGAGCCUCCUCGUAUGUCGCCUUCUCCUCCGAACUCUAUGCUGACUAUGCAGGCGGUGCAAGCGAUGCCACGGAUAGAGUUCACGAUGCCGUCGCCCUACGUGCUGGCUGCCCAGCGGUACCAGGCUGAGUUGCUGCAGGCAGCAGCGCACGCGUUGCGGCCCUGCUACCUGCCGCCGCCGUUGCUGCCGGUGGCGUGA